AUGGCUAGUGAAGAGAGUUUUCUAGUUCUUGUGCACUACAAAGGCACGAUAAAGAAAAAAAUACGAUCGGGUAUAAAAUUUACUGAUAAUGAUCCGUUGAGUGUCUUUAUUAGAGCUUCUACGAGUCUUGUUGAUUUUCAGAAUACUAUACUACAGAAAUUGAGACUGCAGGGAAUGAAACAGAUAGAGAAUUUAUAUUUCAGAAUUUCGAUUUCUGUAGUUCGCGAUGGGGUGAAAUACGACUCGUUUGUGAUAGACAGUGACAAAAAUUUGCAAGUUUUACUUCACUAUCGUUGCCAGUUUUUCGAGGUGAGAAUGGCUGAACUAUUGGCUAAGCUUGUGGAUGUGGUCUCUAACUCAGGAGUAUCGAACCGGAAUUAUCAAUCAAUACCAAUGGCAGCAGCUUCCAGUUCAACCCCUGUUGUUGCGUCUUCAUCUCUACCUGUAAUGACAACUGUGGGAGAUUUGGUGGCAUCUCCAUCUUUCGCAGUCGAUCUACACCAUGAUGAGAAUGCGAAAAUAGGUGCUAACAUGAAUACUCCUGUUAUGAUUCUGAUUCUUAGAAAGGUUGGAGUACUAGAUGCGGUGGAAGACUUGCUAGGGGAUGACGAUGAGGUCGAACCCGCUAUGAUUGAUGAUGAGAGUGAUGAUGAUAUAGGCAGGAGUAUUCCUGUUGGGGCUGGUGGAGCAUCGAGCUCGAGAACUUAG